AUGAUUGAAUCUUUUAUAAGACCCGCUCCGGAUUCCUCGGAACCCAGGACGAAUCCUGUGGAAGUUCCGGUGCAUAUGUGGGAAAGCCAUGAGCCUACCGAAGAUAGUGUUGGUAUGGUUUUUGAUGACCUGAUUGAAAGCAGCAUCACCAAUGAAGCGCUCAGUAUCUGUGAAAGCAACAUAAGGAGUGGUCCUGUUGCCCUUAUCAUUCACUUAAAUUGA